CAUCAUUGACACAGUUGAGUUUACACAGAUCAUAACUGAGCUGCUUUACUUCCUCAAAAUUGUCAAUCAUAAUAUUCUUGAAAAUUAGAGAAAUGUUACUUUGAGAUACCAUUUCAGAGAGGAGAAGAGAGUUUUGUUCUUCUAGAUUACGCUUCUCUUCACAUAAGUCAAAGACUUCCUUCGUCAAGGACCUUCUCUCAUCAAGCACCUUGCAAUUUUCUUCCUGAAAAUUCUGGGCCAUUUUCAAGGUCAGCUGUGAACUUCAAUACUGAAUGCAAGACUGCAGUGUCAAGUAAUCAUGGCAACGGCAGUUAUGAUCACUCUGCUGUUCUUAACACCAUUGUUCGAUUACAGUCCUCUAGUGGUUCUUUCCUCCAUCAUAAUAGCUGCAAUGCUUGGUCUCAUUGACUAUGAAGCUGCCAUCCAUCUCUGGAAAGUAGACAAAUUCGAUUUCAUUGUCUGGAUGGGUGCCUAUGUCGGUGUUGUUUUUGGAAGUGUGGAGAUUGGAUUGGUUAUAGCGGUUGGGAUUUCAUUGCUCAGGGUGCUUCUGAUCUCAAGGUGGAUUGAUGAAGAGGAAGACAAACUGAAAUCAUCUGGAGAAACAAGCUUACAGUACAUUAUACUGGACAUGGGUGCUGUUGGUAACAUUAACACAAGUGGGAUAAGCAUGCUUGAAGAGGUCAAGAAGACUACUGAUAGAAGGGGGCUCAAGCUUGUAAUAGCCAACCUUGGAGCUGAAGUGAUGAAGAAAUUGAACAAGUCUAACUUCAUUGAAAAUAUAGGCCAGGAAUGGGUACAUUUAACAGUAGUAGAAGCUGUGGCAGCAUGUAUUUUCAUGCUUCAUUCACACAAACAUAACCCUGCUAAAGAUGAAUCAGAGCCAUGGAGCAAUGUCUAAGCUAUUUUUGAUGUAAUAGACCAGAUACGACAACUUUUUUUUUUUUUUUAUUUCCUUUAAAAUUUAGGUAAAUUAAGUUAUUCUGGCUUUAGCAUCUAUCUGAUAAUCAAGAUGACUUGCUUAA